AUGUCUAACGAGCGGACGCCGCUCAUCACCAAUGUCUACAUUGGUGCGCCGCCCCGCCGUUAUCCGAAUCAUGUCCUUCGUCGCUUUUGCACCAUCGCCCUCUCAUCCACCCUCAUCCUCUGGUCCCUCUGCUUUGUAAUCGCCCUCUUCCUCGACGAGCCCCCUCGCCACCACGGACACCACCAUCACGGCUGGGCCUGGUCCAACAGCAUCAACCGUGCUCCCAUCACCCAUGAGGAGGUGCAGAAUAUCCUCUUCGAGGUGCCCUCGUCUGAGAAGGCCGAGGAGUGGAGCAAGUAUUACACGGCUGGGCCUCACCUUGCGGGCCAGAACUACUCUCAGGCUCUGUGGACCAAGGAAAAGUGGGAGUCGUGGGGCGUCCAGUCCAGCAUCGUCUCGUACGACGUCUACCUCAACUACCCCAUCGACCACAGCCUCUCCCUGCUCUCAAAGUCCAAGGACGAUGAAGAGUCGUCCUGGAAGGUCGACUUCAAGGCCGCUCUCGAGGAGGACGCCCUCGAGGAAGACCCCACCUCCGGCCUGGAGAACCGCGUGCCCACCUUCCACGGCUACUCCGCCAGCGGCAACGUGACCGGCUCAUUCGUCUUCGUCAACUACGGCACCUACCAGGACUACGAAGACCUCGUCAAGGCCAACGUCAGCCUCGAGGGCAAGAUUGUCAUUGCCAAGUACGGCGGCAUCUUCCGCGGCCUCAAGGUCAAGCGCGCCCAGGAGCUCGGCGCCAUCGGCGCGCUCCUGUACAGCGAUCCCGGCGACGACGGCAAAGUCACCGAGGAGAACGGCUACGAGGCUUACCCCAACGGCCCUGCCCGCCACCCGAGCGCCGUCCAGCGCGGCAGCGCCCAAUUCCUCAGCCAGCGGCCCGGAGACCCCACCACCCCCGGCUACCCCUCCAAGCCCGGCGCGCCCCGCGCCCCCGUGGACGACGCCACCCCCUCCAUCCCGUCCAUCCCCAUCUCCUACGCCGACGCCCUCCCCAUCCUCAAGGCUCUCAACGGCCACGGCCCCCCCGUGACGGACUUCAACAAAUACUGGAACAGGAACCUCGGGCUCAAGUACAAGGGCGUCGAGUACAACAUCGGCCCCACCCCCGACGACGUGGUGCUGAACCUCUACAACGAGCAGAACUACACCACCACCCCCCUGUGGAACGUCAUCGGCAUCGUCAACGGCACCAUCCCCCACGAGGUCGUCGUCGUCGGCAACCACCGCGACGCCUGGAUUGCUGGUGGCGCCGGCGACCCCAACAGCGGCUCCGCCGUCCUCAACGAGGUCAUCCGCGGCGUCGGCGUCGCCCUCGCCAGCGGCUGGAAGCCCACGCGCACCAUCGUCUUCGCCAGCUGGGACGGCGAGGAGUACUCCCUGAUCGGCAGCACCGAGUGGGUGGAGGAGUACCUCCCCUGGCUCUCGGCCGCGUCCGUCGCCUACGUCAACGUCGACGUCGGCGUCCGCGGCCCCAACUUCAACCCCUCGGCCGCGCCGCUCCUCCACCGCGUCCUCCGCGAGGUCACCCAGCUCGUCCCGUCCCCCAACCAGACGGUCCCCGGCCAGACGGUCGGCGACGUCUGGGACGGCCGCAUCAGCACCAUGGGCUCGGGCUCCGACUUCACCGCCUUCCAGGACUUCGCCGGCAUCCCCUCGCUCGACUUCGGCUUCGGCGGCGACAACGGCGAGGCCGUCUACCAGUACCACUCCAACUACGACUCGUUCCACUGGAUGAAGGAGUUUGGCGACCCGGGCUUCGUCUACCACCGCACCAUGGCCCAGAUCCUCGGCCUCGUCGUCGCCGAGCUGUCCGACGUGCCCGUCAUCCGCUUCAACGCCACCGACUACGCCGACGCCCUGGACUCCUACGUCGACCAGGUCGAGACCAAGCUCCUCCUCGCCGACGACCCCGACGCCGAGCCCGCCUCGGACGAGGAGCUCUUCCGCGCCCGCGCGAGCGUCGUCGCCGCCGACGCCGACGUCCGCGGCUCGCCGUCCCGCUUCCGCGCCUCCCUGCAGGUCCUCCGCACCUCCGUCGCCGUCCUGCGCGCCAAGGCGGAGAAGCUCGACGACACGGCCGCCUGGGUCGACUGGGAGCUCAGCGCCGGCAUCCCCUGGUGGAACCUGCUGCGCCGCAUCAGGGUCGCCCUCGCCUUCGUCCGCGUCAACAAGGCCUACAAGGGCUUCGAGCGCCACUUCCUCUACCCCGCCGGCCUGGACGGCCGCAGCUGGUUCAAGCACGUCGUCUUCGCGCCCGGCCUUUGGACCGGGUACUCUGGAGCCGUCUUCCCCGGUCUGCAGGAGAGCAUCGACGCCAAGGACUUCGACAACGCCCUCAAGUGGGCCGGCAUCGUCAACGAGUGCAUCGCCUCCGCCACCAAGAGCAUCUAA